CUAGUGCAUAUUCAAAAAAAUUCAUGUAGUGAAACAAUCGUGAUGACGAGUUCGGUCAACCAGGAACGAUUCGCAUGCGCUAAUCCUGUAAUCUGA